GUUACCGUCAGCUAUUCGAUUUGAUUUUGGUUGGUAGUGUUCGGUAUUCGUAUAUUUAAUGGAAAUUUUGUUUAAAACAAUCGCUAUAUAAAUUAUCUCGCACAAGGCAAAGUGUUUGAUAUAAUCAAAGAAUAUAAAAUUCAAAAUUUUCUUAAACUCAUCAAAAGUAAAAUUCAUACGCAUCAUACGAAUAAUUAAAGCAAAAUGUCUACACAAAAUAUUUGAGCAUGCAGUGGAAAAUUUAAUAAACUACAUACAUUACCUACCUAUUAUUUUAUAUUUUGUCUACAUCAACAUCAACGAUUAACGAAAAGCCAGCAACAAACGGUGAACCACAAGCAAAGCAACCAGUCAUUCAGCCAACGACCAUCGACUUUCAUCGCAAUUCGCUCUCUUCUCAUUAUGUUGCGUCGCAACAAAGCAAAAAAAAUCUGAGGGGCAUCGGUAUUAGUCGGUGACUGUUGUGUCGGAACAGUAGUAGCAGUGUUGGGGCUACCCUUCAUCAUCAACAGUGAACAAGAAAACAGAAAAAAAUAUACUAAAUAAAACAAAAAAAUAAUAAAAGUGUUCAUAGUCGCGCGCGCCGCUGUUCUUUCUAUCUAUCGUAACGUCACCGGUUCUCACAUUGUGCACCACUCGUCUGCUCGUUUGUUGGCCGCUUACUCGUUCGCACGUUUAGUUAGUAUCCCGUUCAGUUGUGCUGUUUAUCGGUGGCGGUAGUGUGUUAGUGUUUGUUGUUGCACGAGUCGUCGUCAUCGUCAUCAGUGGCAAAACUCGUGCAAAAAUUGCGAAGAGCACAAAUUUCAUUGUCGCUGAACUGUGGUGUUUAUUUGUUUGUCGACCGAAAUAAAUUUAAAAGCGAAAGAAUAAGUGUAUGUGAGACAAAGAUAAAUAGUGGAAAAGAAAUAAAACAGUAACAGUAGUGCAACAAGGGCACUUCCUAAUUCCUACCUGUACGUCAGACCGUUAUAACGUGUGCAUGUGUGUAUGUGCUUUGCGAGUUUAUCAAUUCGCUUUCGCAUAGUAUGCGAUACACGGUAGUUGAUGAAAGCAUAACCAAAAGUUAUAAACGGCAAAAUAACGAUAGCACUAUAUAAUUUAUAUGAAUGUAAGAGUAACUGAGCAAACGACACAGUAAUGACGUAGGUACGUUAGAGAAAAUAAAGCAAAAAUAUCGUUUAGUUAUUCAAAAUACAGAAGCUACGAAGCUUUUGUCUUGCGUGGUGCUGCUGUGUAGUUCUCAUUUAAUUGAAAUUUUUGCUGAGACGCAAAUUGCUUAUUAUCAACGAUAAUUGAGAAAAUGAGGAGCUGUUGUGUUAAAAAAAUACAUGAACUAUGACGCAUCAAAAUCAUCAGACCAACGGCGCUAGUUUGGAGGAUUGCCAUACAAACUUCUUUGCCCUGACUGAUUUAUGCGGAAUUAAAUGGCGUAAGUUCGUAAACAGCGAACGAGUAAAUGCGUCAAGUGAUCCAUUAGAUGAUCCCAUCCUGCGCUCCUAUUCACGAUGUAUGCAAGCUGACAUUCUAUGUGUGUGGCGCCGCAUACCGUCCACCAAGCAGGAUAAUUCGGAUUUAAAUCCGAUUUUUGAGAUUAGCACAUCGAAAGUUCAUCCACCACUUUCGUUAGCCGCCGCCAAAGAAUUAUGGAUAUUUUGGUAUGGCGAAGAACCAGACCUUAGUGAAUUGGUGGAUGCGGAAUUGUUGAAAGUUGCCGCAAAUCAAGCACUUUGGAAUGGAACAUGGGAACGAGGUCUUACCUACGAGUGCCGCUCACUAUUAUUCAAAGCUUUGCACAAUUUAAUGGAGCGGUUCGUGUUGACCAAAGAUAUUGUGCGUUUUGGUAAAUGGUUUGUUCAACCGUGUACUUCCAAUGAUCGACUCUUUGGCCGAAGUUCUCAGCACCUUUCAUUCUCGUUUACGUUCUUUGUGCACGGCGACACGGUAUGCGCAUCGAUCGAUUUGAGGGAACACCCUGCGGUGCGGCCCUUAUCAAAGGAGCAUUUAACUGAAGCAGCGGCGGCUUUUGCUGCCGCUGGUAAUUCGCAAACACUGUCGCAAUCUCAUGAACAUGGCAAUGUAACGAAUUUGCCAGAAGAUGUGGCAAGUCCACACAGCCCCAAUAGUGGCGGGGCUGUGGGAGACGGUGGCACCAACUCAAACUCUCCGAAUUCCUCCACUACACCCAAGCCGCGACGAGUAAUACUAGCGCCAUUUGGUAUGGCGGCAACACUAACCGGCAAUAGUUUUAAAGCUACAGAUCCAAUGGCCGAGAAGAUCUUAGAAGAUUGGGCAUCAUUUUUCCCACUGUGCAAUAAGGAAAACUCUGAUGUGCCACCGGUGGUUGAAGUUGUGUCGGGCGGACAUAAAAUGUAUCAUCCCUCAAUUUAUGUACUAGUCACUGAUUUGGAUGACAUGGAGGAAAUGGAAGCGGCUGCGUCGCAAAAGGGCUCAUUGGGCACAACAUCUUCGGCGGAGGCUGCCGCACUGGCGGCUAUUUCAUCUGCGAAUACAAAUGAAUUUACAGGCAACAGCCGAAAGUCCACAUCAACGCAACAACCCGCUAGCUUGCAACAACAACAACUGCAACAGCAAAUGCACACUGUCACUACUGUAACAACAGUUGCCACAUCGUGCAGUCAAGCAAACAGCAGUGGGGUUGGCGGAAGUAAUGGCAUUAACAGCAAUAGCAGUAUUGCAAUGGUUGAGCAACAUUUGCAUGAACUGUCAGCAAGAGCGCAACCCUACUAUGACACCACGGCGAGCAGUUUUACUAGCAACACAACUAAUACUCACGCCUCACCACAGGCGGCUACCGAAAUGCCAGAGCGCGUAUGGCAGGAUUGCAUAACGAAUACGUUGCAUGUGACAUAUGCGGCCAGCGUUGCUGCCACAGCAAUGAGUACUGGCGCCACAACCGCUCAAAUAACUUGUUCAUCCCUCUCUACUACCACCGGCGGAGUAACAACCACAACUGCCACAGGCAGUGGUACAGUAGGUGGCGAGGAUUGCAAUUCCACCAGUGGUAAUAAUGGCAACAACGACAACAAUGCCGGCAGCGUUGGCGGUGCUGGCAACAGUAGUGGCGGUUGUAGUUCCAUGGACACGCAAAAUACCAACACAAAAAUUGGCGACGCCAAUGAAGUGGAGGCCAAGCUACGCAUGCAGCAAAUGCAAUUUUGGGGAUUUGUUGAUCCAACGGAAAAGACACCCUGUUCAUGCACAAAAACUUUGAAUCCCGCAUCGAUGACGCCGCACGACACACCGCACGGCGGCGCUUCAACUUAUUCGCGCAACUCUGUGGGCGACUUGAUGCCGGUGCCCUCGGUGGGUUCGCCUGGCACACCCGCACAAUCGCCUCAUCCGAACUCAACGCUAUCACAGCCAACGUCUGUACCACCAGCCGAUCAAUUGUUAACAAUGAGCCCACGUGCACCACCAUCCGUACCGAAUUUGCAACAACCACCAACACCGAUUGAUCAUCUAUUGGACAAGAAUACACCGGCACCCACACCCACCGAUCAGCACGAUAAUAAAAGCAUCACAACAUCGCCUUAUGUGCGGCCUACGCCAAGCGUAGAGCCGCCACCCUCUGUUGAGGCGGGUAAUGGUGGCGGUGGCGUGACUGGCGUGGGACCAAAUGGACCUGGCAGCGUGCCACAACCACCAAGUGUCGGGCGUAGCACUCCGACUAUAAGCGGCCAACAACAGCAGCAACAACAACAACAAGGUUCACAACAGUCACAAGCACAAAUUAUGGGCACGGGCACAACGGGUUCGGCUGGUCCCCAAUGUGGCACUAUAAGCAUUAAGAAAUUCGAGAUACAACAACCGUCAUUGACCACACUAAGUGCUGAUCAAAUUAAACCCGAACCGGGUUAUGCGCCGACACCAUUGUCGGGUAGCGGUAGUCGAAAUGGUCUGCCAGAAGUUUCCACGUCGUCUGCCAUAUCGGCGGCAGAUGCGAUCAACGAUUAUUGGAAAUCGUUUAAGAUGCCAGAAAUAAAAGUAAAGGAUAUCGAUAGUUUCGCCAAUGAUGACUGCUCAAAAUAUAAUGUACUGUAUGAUUUCACGUAUCAGAAUGCUUGGGCGAAUCAUCCAAUGAAACGUUUCAAGCUCAACGAUGUGACCAAACCGUGUCGCAGCAUGUGUACCAAAAAUCUCUACGAAGGUCAUACUCACUCGAAACCGCUUAUGCCGUCACCGGGCUCGAUAUAUGGUUCGCAGUUACUCUCUAUAGAUGCCUCCCUCAAUUCGCUAACUAGUUCCGCCAUGAACGCAGCGUCUGCGAGUGGUAGUAGCAGUGGUGGUUUGGUGGGCAUAGCCGCGCAUUGUGGCAAUUUGACAAAUAUCAAGGAGGAAAAUGUGGGUAGUGAUGGCAAUGGUAAUGGCGGCGGUUAUUUCCGCGGGCUCGACAUACAAACUACAGAUGCGCUACAGGGUACAGCUUCGCCUUGCAAAGAUGGCAAAAGCAGUGCCAGUGGUGAUCUGUAUACCGCUGAAGGCCUAAAUCCAACAAUGAACGAUCUUGAGCAGCUGUUUGAGACAUCAAACGAUGGCUGCGGCAGCGUGCAAAUACAUACACCGCCCGACUCGAACAACCCAUCCAAUGGCUCUACCGCAACGACCACAAUUGACGAUCUUAAGCGCAGCACUGCAGUUGCUGCUGCUGUGAACGCCAGUGCGGUCGCAAUCGCUGCGUUGCAAAACUGCACAAAUACACCGAAUGCUUCGAAUAGUAUAGGUAAUAAUGGUAGCAGUAAUGGAGGCGGUAACGGCGGUUCCAGUAUGGCGGAAGAUCUGACUAAGAUGUUUCCUACACCACCAUCACAUGAACAGCACCAUCCUAAUUCCAGCCCGUGCCAAAUGGACAUCCAAAUGACGGAUCUCAGUGUAAUUACUGCAGCAACCGCAAUAUCGGGAGGCUUGGAAGCCGGUAUGGGCGGUAUGAUUAAAAUCAAACAAGAAUAUUUUGCCGAACUGGGUAGCCCCGUUGAAGAGCCAAUUGAAGAUUGGUCAUAUGUUUAUCGGCCGCCGAAGCGUGCAAAGUUUGUGGGCUCAUCCAAAUACGCGCCUCUAACAAACCUACCUAGUCAAACGCUGCCGCCACUGGCGUUACCAACAAAUUGCACCUAUAAACCAUCAUGGACAACACAGAAAUCACGUGCUGUGGUCGCUGCUCAAGCUGCGGCAGCACAACAGCAGCAACAACAACAGUUACAGCAACUGCAACAACAACAUCAACAACUACACGAACUACUCUCAGCAGCGCCGCGCACACCAUUACAGCAACCGCGCACACCCUUGGGCCCCAUACCAUCACCAAUGCACUCCAACACGGUGCCCACACCGUUGAGCAGUGGUGGUGGUGGCGUCGGCGGUGGAAAUAAUCUUUUGCUGAAUCAGCUUAACUGUCCGCAGGCAGCACUCACAAAUACGCCCGGCAGCACGAGUAUGCAGCAAAUGAUGCAACGGGCCGGCAUGUCACCGAUAUCACCAUCACCCGCCUCGGUGGUACCGUUUCCCAUGAUGCAACCACAACGGCAUCCACCGCCACCUUAUGAAAUGGCUGUGGCCAGUCCAGCCACCUCAACAUCCUCGUAUUUGAAUAAACAGUAUCAUUCGCAGGAGCAUCCUCCAACACCGCAAAGCGUUGGUAUGCCUUCAACACAUCUUCCUAGACCGCUAAGCGCAGCGGGUAAUCUGCCAUCAACCGGUGUUGCGACUGGCGCCGUGGUGGCGCGUGAGUUGCCCGAAGUUAGCUCUUUGAUCGUGAAUAUUCUGCUAUAUGACACAGCGUUGAAUGUCUUUCGAGAUCACAAUUUCGAUAGCAGCACCGUUUGUGUGUGUAAUGCGGAUUCUCAGAAAGUGGGUAACAUACGUGGUGCAGAUUCAGGUGUUUACGUGCCUCUGCCAGGUGGAAGCUUUAAUCCAUUACCGCCUUCUUCAAAUGCAAGCGGGAACCCAGCUGUUGCCGGCAUCAGCGGAAGUAGCGGUAGUGGUGGUGGGGGAGCUGCCGCAGGAAGUAUGCGCCUGUUAAGUGCCUUUGGCGGUGGCAGUGCUUUGGAUUCACCAGCAUCGCUGCCAGGAACAUCGGGGCACACGGGUUCAGGUUCAUCUUCAUCUUCGAACACACCUGCCAGCAAUCAACAUAUUACGGGGUACGUGGACGACGAUCCGGUAGAUUGUACCUGCGGUUUUAGUGCUGUAGUCAAUAGACGACUUGCAUUUCGAGCUGGUCUCUUUUACGAGGAUGAGAUGGAGAUAACGGGUGUUGCCGAAGAUCCCGCCCGUAACAAGAAACAGUCAUUACCUUCCCUGAUAGCUAAUUUGGCGGCUGCUCUGACGCCAACUGCUGUGAAAUUGACGUCCUCUCUAGCCAUUAAGGGCGCUAACUCAUUGUUACCUGCACAAGCAGACAAGGCUAACCACGUACAGCCCGAUGCGCAAGCACUCCAACAUGCGCACGUCAUCUUUGAUUUAUUACUUGAACAAUGUUCCAUCAUACAAACGUCUAGCAGUGCAGUACACCGAGCUUUACAACGUCACCGACAUCGUUUAGCUCGACAAAGCCGACAACCACAAUCGGUGGCUGCCAUCUCCAAUGUGUUAGAAUUCGUCGACGCGAACGAUGUAAUAUGUUUGGCACUUGAGCAGGCGAGAUUAGCUUUCGAAAGUAACCGUAUGGAUGUGAAUGAAUUUUCCAGCCAAAACCAGCUCUCACCUUUCGACCCUAGCCGUCCUGGCACGGCCAAACGGAAUCAUCAACUCUUUGGUGGCAGACUAACAGUGCAUAAGUGGCCGUACAUUCCAGUUGGAUUUUCACGCAGUAAUAAAGAGAUUGUGCGCACCAUGAACUUCAUACAACCCAUGUUGCAAAAUGCAUUCCAUUCGAAAUCUCGCAGUGCAGCGGGCAGCAAAGAUGCUACUUACACAGUAAGCGGACCAUUGACCUGGCGACAGUUCCAUCGCUUGGCUGGACGUGCUUCUGGACAAUGCGAACCACAACCGAUACCAUCGGUGAUAGUUGGACAUGACAAGGAUUGGGUUUCAGUAGCACCACUAGCCAUACACUAUUGGGACAAACUUCUGCUGGAACCCUAUGCGUAUGCGCGUGAUAUUGUGUAUCUGGUUGUGUGUCCGGAAACUGAUUUUGUGGUGCAGAAUACGCGAACAUAUUUCAGAGAAUUGAGUUCUACGUAUGAAAUGUGUAAGUUGGGUCGUCAUACGCCCAUUCGCGGUUGGGAUGGUUUGUUGACGGUGGGUCCACGUUCGCCCACAGAUAAUACACCAAAUAGCACACCACUGGACGAUUGGUUGCGCACCUUAGAUAAUACCGCUAUAGCCGAAAAAAUACGAUUGUAUGCGAGCGCGUUUCAUAACCAAAUAGCGCCGUACCUCAAUCGUGUGCCUGGCGACAAGACGUUGCUUAAUCCACCUGAGAAUAGCAGUUGUCAACCGGGAGCAGGACGCGAACGUGGCACCACUAGUCCAAUGGGCAGCAUGAGUUCGAUACACAGUUCGGUGAGUGGUGUUGAUCAAGACAAAACGCAUACAUCGCCCAAGAUCGAGGGCAUGGAUCAACAGCAGCAGCAACAACAACUCCAACAUCAGCAGAUGCAACAUCAACAGCAACAACAACAGAAUUCUGCCGAAUCGAUCGACAUGAAGCCAGACAUCAAACCCGACACAAAACCACCAAUUGUACUUAGCGAUCCUUUGGGUAUGGGUGAAACAAUGGAAGAUAUAAACCCACCGGCAAUUGUGCUCUACGUAGUUGAACCUUUCACAUUCGGUUCCGACUCACCAGAAUUGGAGCGUUUAGCUUGUAUAGCCUUGUUGCGUUGCUAUGCUGAGCUAUUAAAGUCCAUACCGGAUUCGGUACGUGCAAAUAUCAAUAUUCAAAUCAUAUCGUUGGAAUCGAUAGUUGAAUUGGGACGAUCGCGUACACGAAAACGUUUCUCCGACGAAAUUCGUUGCUUGGCGUUGAACAUAUUCUCGCAGUGUCGUCGACAUAUGGUGCACACGCAGGCCGUGAAGAGUCUGACCGGUUUCGGCACAGCCGCCAAUAUGGAAGCAUUCCUAAAGAGCAAAGACGACAAGAAUCGACAACCAUACAAAAUGUACACACCGCCGUAUGUAUUGGCGCCAAUGCAUGAGAAAAAUGACAAGACAGACUUCUCCCGCCAAUCAUCCAGUAUGCGCGCACUGAACGAGCAAAAGUAUUCAGUCAUGUAUUGCAACUAUUGUCUGAGUGAAGAUCAAUGUUGGUUGCUCGCGACCGUGACCGAUGAUCGUGGUGAGAUGUUUGAAAAGAUCAUCAUCAAUAUAGAUGUACCGAAUCGUGCGCGCAGACGUAAGGCACCGGCGCGACGUGUGGGACUCAAGAAGCUGAUGGACUUCAUAAUGGGUUUGAUCUCACAGACAGCGCAUCAUUGGCGGUUGGUUGUGGGCCGUAUUGGACGCAUCGGUCACAGCGAACUAAAAUCAUGGAGUUCUUUGUUGAGUAAACAAAAUCUACAGAAAGCUUCCAAGCAACUAAAGGAUAUUUGUAAGCAAUGUUCCUUCAUGUAUCCACCUGGUAUACUCAGCGCCUGCUUGGUGACGUUGGAGCCAGAUUCAAAACUGCGCGUAAUGCCUGACCAAUUCACACCGGAUGAGCGGUUUUCGCAGAUUUCCAUGCAGAACCCGCUAUCCACUCCACAAGAUGUAACAUGCACACACAUACUAGUAUUCCCGACAAGUGCCGUUUGCUUGUCAUUUACACGUCAAUUUCAAAAUGAGCCACAAGUAGAUUUGGAAAAUGAUAUCAUAUUCGAUGAUGAUGACGAAAAUGGCGGCUUCACUGAUGCUGAGCUCAUGGGUGAUCUGCUCGAUUGGGAUCCUCAACCUGGUCGCUUAUCGAAUCACUGCAGUCCCGAUCGCAUGGAAGAUAAUCGCAGCUGGCCAAGUGCCGGUGGCAAUAACUUCAACUCGGCACAGCAACAGGAUGUUGAAGAGGUGGGCUCAAUAAAUCAGCAACCGCUAGCCGUGGGCUACAUGGUUUCUACAGCGCCAACUGGACGCAUGCCUUCCUGGUUUUGGGCAGCUUGCCCGCAUUUGGAAGAUGUUUGUCCUGUAUUCUUGAAAACGGCAUUGCACCUCCACGUGCCAAACAUACAGACCGCCGACGAUAUACUUAACUCGACAAAUGCGCAUUCGUCAGCCAUAGAUCAUCCACUGGAUUCCUCACUCACUGCCGAUGUAUUGCGUUUCGUGUUGGAGGGUUACAAUGCCUUAUCCUGGUUGGCAUUGGACUCCAACACACACGAUCGUCUCUCGUGUUUGCCAAUUAAUGUGCAAAUGCUUAUGGAUCUGUACUAUCUGACAGCAGCGAUUAUGUAAAAGCUACAAUUUAAGCAAACAAAAACCCACGUCAGAUUGUAUAUAUAUAUAUAUAAAUAUAUAUAGAAAAAGUGUCGUCAAUUGUGUAUUGUAAUAUAUAUAUGCGCUAAGUAGUUAAUAUGCGAGGAAAUGAGUUAAUGUGCAGUAUUUUUAUACGAUAAAUGUGCAAGAUGUCGAUAAUGCGUAUUCAAUAAUGAUUGUUGCAAUUUUAGGUAUUUUAUUAGUUUAAAUUAAAGUGAACAAAAACUAAACAAAACAAACAACAAGCAUUCUAAACAAAUUGGUCGUUGCAAUUGCGUGUGUUUCGAGUCUAAGUUUGUGUGUUUUAUAUAUUUAUUAUAAUAAUGUUUGAUAGUUUAUACUUUUGUGAUAUAAAGUUGAGGUUAAGAACCGAAAUCAAAUAAUUUCAUACAUACACUUCCAUAUGCACACAUGUAACUGCAAAUACUUCAAUAUUUGAUAUGAAUUUCGUCAUAAUACAUACAUAUACCCAAUGUGCCGUUCAAUAUGCAAAGAAACGAUUUUCGAUACUUAUAACCGUCGAACGUUCUAAACGGUGUAAGCAUUUGUGUGCUUCCGUUUGCCAAACUUCCAGACUCCAAUUUGCUCUUACAAGUCUACGCCAUUUAUUUAUUAUUAUUUUUUUUUUUGUCAUACUAGGCAAGUUUUUGGCAUAUUAUUAUUUUAACAAAUAUGGUGUAUACUUUUAAA